AUGUGUUCUGAUAAAGAAACAUGUAGAAUCAUGGUUUUCAGACCAACUUGGACAGAAUUUAAAAAUUUCAGUAGCUAUAUUGAGCUGAUGGAGAAGAAAGGUGCUCACAGGGCUGGAUUGGCGAAAGUUAUCCCACCACCUGAAUGGAGAGCUAGAAGAAAUCGUUAUGAUGAAGAUGAUAUUAUGAGUUUGAAAAUUCCAGCUCCAAUCAGUCAAGUUGCACGAGGCGAUCGAGGACUUUAUCAACUACUUAAUGUAGAAAAGAAACCUAUGACAGUGUCCGAUUAUAAAAUAAUAGCAGAAUCAGAUGAAUUUAAGACACCUGACCACUUUGAUUAUGACGAUCUUGAAAAUAAAUUUUGGAGGAAUAUAAAGUACAAACCCCCAUUGUAUGGUGCAGAUGUAUCUGGAUCUAUUACGGAUAAAGAUGUUGGUGUUUGGAAUAUUAACAAAUUGGGUACAAUAUUAGAUUAUGUACAUGAAGAUUAUAGUGUUAGAAUUGAAGGUGUCAAUACAGCUUAUUUAUAUUUUGGUAUGUGGAAAUCCUCAUUUGCUUGGCACACUGAAGACAUGGACUUGUAUAGUAUAAACUAUAUACAUGAAGGAUAUCCAAAGACAUGGUAUACAAUACCUCCAGAACAUGGUCGCCAAUUUGAAAGAUUGGCUAAUCGCUUUUUUUCAACUGAAGCUUCAAAGUGCCCUGCUUUUCUCAGACAUAAAACAACUAUUAUAUCUCCUAAUAUUUUGAAACAAUAUUCUAUACCAUUUAAUAAAAUCACACAAGAACGAGGUGAGUUUAUGAUAACAUUCCCCUUUGGAUAUCAUUCGGGUUUUAACCAUGGAUUCAAUAUGGCGGAAUCCACUAAUUUUGCAUCUCCACGUUGGGUGGAGUAUGGUAAAAAAGCUUCUCUGUGCCAUUGCAGUGAAGAUUCAGUGAAGAUUUGUAUGGAUACAUUUGUUAAACGUAUACAACCCGAAAAGUAUGAAUUAUGGCUUCAAAAAAAUAAUAUUGGUGAUCAUCCAAAAGAUACUUCUGGUAUUUUAGAAGCUCCUUUAACUAGUAAAUCUAAUAUAAUAUGUAACAAGAACAAUACAGGUAUUCCAAAACAUAAUAUUAAAUCUGGUAGAAAACGUCGUCAUGUAACACUUCAAUCAGAUUCUGAAUUGCCUAAUGAUACAACAUAUGCAAAAAAAGCUAUAGAUGUACCUACAUCAACAAGUGUACAAAAGUUAGAUAAAAAAGAAUAUGAAGAUAAGCAACUUAAUGACAAACAGAGAGAAAUAAUGGAAAAUAUAUUGCUGAAAGCUGAUGAAAUGGAUGUCACUGAAAUAUCAUAUAAUAAUGGAAAAUCUAGACUUUUGAAUAAAAAUCAUUCAGUCUUGAAAGAUAAAAAAUUUAAAAGUGGUACUGAUUAUUCUGAUGGUCCAGAUAAAAGAAGUGUCAAUGAAAGAAAAUCUGCAAAACUAGAAACAAAAAUAGAUUUGGAAUCCACAUGGAAUUUUUUUCAACCAACUCUUGAACCUAUGCAGAUUAAGGAAGAAAAACAUGAAAUUGAUGGUAUACAAAAUGUAAGGGACAUGGUUAACAACAAUUGCUCAUUUGAAGUUGAGCGACUGUAUAAUAUUUAUAGAAGUAUGGUUGAUCCACAUUGUUCUAUAUGUAUGAUGCUAAAUCGUAAAAAGUUAACUUUCAACUUGGAUUGGCAAUACAUAGCAAAAUCGUCCGUAUUACCCACCUUGAAGAAACCCACCAGAGCAUUAUUUAAACAUGCACUUUCUGGCAGUGACAAGGUUUUUAAAGAAAAACUCAUUAGAUGUGAAAAAUGUUAUUUGACCGUUCAUAAAGUGUGUUAUGGCAUAACUGUUGACACAAGUAUUCAUUGGUUGUGUGAUCGAUGCAUGACAAAUCCUAGGCUUGCUGCUUGUUUAUACUGUCCAUUGAAAGGCGGUGCUCUAAAAGAAUUUAAAAUCAAUGGAUGGUCACAUGUUGAAUGUCAUCUUUUUAUGCAAGGCAGUAGUCCAUUAACUACCAAUACUUUUUCAACAGACUUUAUAACUAACAAAAAGUGUGUAAUAUGCAAUUUAACAUCUGGUAAUUGUGUUCGUUGCUCUGCAAGCCGUUGCUCUGCAUGGUUCCAUAUUUCUUGUGGAUUAUUUGCUGGAUAUGAUUAUCAAAUUAACCAAAAGAGCAAGCAUAUUACUUUAAUCCAUUGUAAUAAUCAUUCAUAUGUUCCAGAUAAAAACCGGCUUGUUCACAUAAAUCAAAAAGUAUGGGCAAGGCACUUGCAACGUAAAAGGAUCUCUGAAUGUCAAAUCGUAAAAAUUGAUAAAACUCCUCUAGGUAUUGUGAAAUUCAGUGAUGGUACAAUAUCAGACUGUGUUACACUAAAAGAAAUUAAGAACUAUGCAAAUAAUUUUCCACCCAUUAACAAAGAAAUACAUUUAAAAUCUGGCGACAAAGGCUUAUUUCUGGGGUUAAAUUAUCAGCCCAUAUAUUCAGUUGAAUAUAACGAUGGUUCAUCUGAUUGCCUAAUCCCUGAUGAUCUAUGCAGUUUGGAUGAACAAUUUAGUAGCAGUCUAAAACGCAAGCUAAUACACCAUCUGGGAUAA